AUGUUACGAAGAUCUUUAUUUCAUCUUAUCAAUCAAAAAAAUAUUUUAUCAUUAACUUCUCGUACUGUUUAUCGUUCCGCACUUGAUAAUCCAGAUAAAACAGCUGUGAUUGAUUCCAAUGGUCGUUAUUCAUACUCACAUCUUUUAUCUGCUGCUGUGCAAUUACGUGAUAAACUUCUUUCUGUAACCGAUGACAAAAAGAAAUCUGCUAAUAAACGUAUCGCCUUUCUUUGCAAUCCAGAUGCAUCAUUUGUUGUAGCUCAAUGGUCAUGUUGGCUUUCACGUGCAAUAUGUAUUCCACUUUGUAAAGAUCAUCCCGAAGCAUUACUUGAUUAUUAUAUUGAUGAUGCUAAAUGUUCACAUUUAAUUGUCUCGCCUGAAUAUGAAAAAUUACUUCGACCACUUGCCGAUAAAUAUCGCAUACCAUUAGUUAUAAUUACAAAUAAAGAUAUUGAAUUAGGUAAAACAAAACAAAACCUUCAAUCAUCAAAUCAGGAACAAUUAGAUAUUUUUUCAAAAAAUUCUGAUGAUGCUCUUAUUUUAUAUACAUCUGGAACAACAGGAAAACCAAAAGGUGUUGUUCAUACAAUUGAUACUUUACGUGCACAGAUGAAUGCUAUGCUAUCAGCUUGGCGUGUAACAAAAAAUGAUACAAUACUAAAUGUUCUUCCACUUCAUCAUGUUCAUGGAAUGAUUAAUUGUGUUAUGUCACCACUCUAUGCUGGUGGAACAGUAGUCAUGAUGAAUAAAUUCGAUGCUGAACAGACAUGGAAUCAUCUUCUCAAUGAUCGUAAUCCAUCAAUUAAUGUUUUUUCAGCUGUACCAACAGUUUAUAUAAAAUUAAUUGAACAUAUUGGAAAAUCAUCAAAUAAAGAUAUAAAAAAAUUAUGUUCAGAUCAUAUGCGACUAUUUCUAUCUGGUUCAUCAGCUUUACCUGAAUCAACAUUUCAGAAAUGGCAUGAAUUAACAGGUUUUGAAAUUGUUGAACAAUUUGGUUCAUCUGAAACAGGACGUGUUCUAUCAAAUAAACUUGAUGGAAAGAAAUUAGCUGGUCGAGUUGGUCUUCCAAUGCCUGAUUUAAAAGUACGUUUAGUACAAAAAGAUGAAAAUAACAACGAACAAACUGUAGUUGAAGGCACUUAUGAUAAAGUAAAAAUUUUACAAAAAGAACAUGAUGGAAAAAUCGAAGGUGAAAUAUAUGUCAAAGGUCCUACCAUAUUCAAAUACUACUUUAAUAAAGAAGAAGCUACUCGAAAAGCUUUUGAUUCUGAAGGAUAUUAUAUGAUGGGUGAUAUGGCUGAAUAUAAUAAAGCAAAUAAUACAUUUCGUAUUCUUGGUCGAUCAUCUGUUGAUAUUAUAAAAUCUGGUGGUUAUAAAAUAUCAGCAUUAGAUGUUGAAACAGUUAUUCUUCAUCAUCCACUUGUUAAUGAAUGUGUUGUUAUUGGUGUUAAAGAUUUAGAAUGGGGUGAACGUGUUACGGCUAUUGUUGUACUUCAACCAGGCAAGAAAGAACAAGAUUUAACACUUGAACAAUUACGAGAUUAUUGUAAAAAGAAAUUACCUGGUUAUCAAUGUCCAACUCAAUUGAAAAUUGUCGAUAAACUUGAACGAAAUGCUGUUGGAAAAGUGAAUAAAAAAGAAUUAAAUGCAAAACUUUUCCCACCUUCAUCGAAGGAUAAAAAAUAA